UUGUUGCUGUCACCACCGAAACAGCUGAAAAAAAAUUAGUACAAGCUCUCCUUAUCCGUCUCCAUCCCAAAUCCAGAAGCUUUAGGGUUUCCAUUUCCAAUCGCAUCUUAAUCUUCUCCGAUUCAUUCGAAUUGAACCGUUGUUUUAUCUUUCUUAUCAGCUGCUGAAGUGAAUGUUGGAUUCAGCUUUGGUUGAUCAUGUCCAGUAAUAUGGGAACAGAGCAUAUCUCUACUCAUCUAGAGGCUUUGAAAACGGAUUCAGAUACUUUUGGAGAAACGAGUUUGAUGGAGAUGGGAUCAAAUGAUCCUCCUUCUGUUCAGCAUAUCUCUGUUUCAGACAUGGAACAAGAGCCUGCAGCUUCCACAAGCAGCAACCUUGACUUUCCGAAAGAGGAAACAUCUGUCUCUGGUCCUUUGACAUUCCAAUUUGAUCUAGAGAAUGUCUCUUUUCAGUCCUCUUUGUUGGUUGAUUCUCAGACUUUGAUGCCUCAGUUACAACCUCCUGUUGCACUUCCCUAUUCUGGAGAUAGGUCAUUGCAGUUGACAGGGAAGCGGAAAUCACCGGCAGAGACUACUCUCGGUGGUUCUGCUUCGGAAAAGUUAGAUUCACCAAACAAGCGAGUAGAGCCAGUGCAUCACAGACCUUGGCUAGAACAAUUUUAUUCAUCAAGUAUACAACUGGGUCAUAUGCCAUCCGUUACUCUUUCUCCAAAGACGGAACAUUCACCAACGCCUACCAAGAAAGCAAGGCAAAUGAAACCCGCUCCCGGAAAAUCUGGGAAGCAUGUGAUGAACAAGAAACAAUCAGGCCUGUCGCUAGGGUCGAUGAAAACACAGAGUGAUGGGGGUAACGAGUCUUUGAGGUCUAAAAUGAAGGAAUCAUUAGCAGCUGCCUUGGCUUUGGUUCACCAGCAUGAGGAGUCUCCAAAAGAGGAAAAGAAUUCUGAAACUGAAGAAGCUACUAAUGUUCCAUUAGCUGAAAGUAGUGAGCCUGCCUCAGCCUGUGUUACCGGCGUUCCAGUAGCUGAGGGGAUCAUACCGGCAUCAUCCACAAAGGAUGAAAGUUCUAGGCUGAACGGCAACAAUGGAAGAAUCUUGUCGCAAGAGACUUCCAAUGACACAAAGAUGAAUUAUGUUAAUCAAUCUGAUGUACAGAAAACUCAAUUUGACGAGGUUUUCCCCUGUGAUGAUGUUCGUUUUAGUGAUAGUAUUUUAUCCGGGGAUGAACUUUUACAGGGCAAUGGCCUCUCAUGGGUUUUGGAACCUGUUUCAGAUUUUGGGGAGAAUGGAACUGGUAGAGGAAAAUCGUUGGAGGAUCCAGACCUCUUGGCAUCUAAAAUUGAGUUGGAACUUUUUAAACUAUUUGGAGGUGUGAACAAGAAGUACAAAGAGAAGGGAAGGUCUCUCUUAUUCAAUUUGAAGGAUAAGAACAAUCCUGAGUUAAGAGAAAGUGUCAUGUCCGGAAAAAUCUCUCCGGAGAGAUUGUGUUCUAUGACAGCUGAGGAACUUGCUUCUAAGGAGCUUUCUCAGUGGCGUCAAGCAAAAGCAGAAGAGCUGGCUGAGAUGGUUGUCCUACGGGAUGCAGACAUCGAUGUCAGAAAUCUGGUGAGGAAAACGCAUAAGGGUGAGUUCCAGGUAGAAAUUGAUCCCGUUGAUAGUGGGACAGUGGAUGUCUCUGCUGAGAUUACCUCACAUAGUAAGCCUCGAGCCAAAGCGAAAUCUGUGAAUUCAUCUACCAAAUCCACUCUAAAGAAAAAUGGCUCGAAUGAUAAGAACGCAAAAUCUAACCAGGAAACAUCAUCCGGUGUAACUCUACUCUCAGCGGAGGAGAUUGAUCCAAUGCAAGGUCUGUCGAUGGAUGAUGAGAUGAAGGAUGUGGGAUUUCUUGCUCCAAUUGUAUCACUUGAUGAGUUCAUGGAAUCCCUGAACUCAGAACCUCCAUUUGGCAGUCCACAUGAGAAUCCUCCUUUAAAGGAAGAGCAUGCAACGGAGAAGAGUGACUCAGAAGUUGGGUCACAUUCUAAAUCACCUUCACAAUCUCCUAAGCAGUCUCUAAAAGAAGCCAAGGAGAGUGUUUCUUCUAAAACAGAACUCGAAAAGACUAAUGUUAUGUCCCCAAAACUGGAUACCGGUGUCAAACUCGAUGCUGAUGUCUCUAAACCUGAAAAUACACAUUUGGCUGAUAGCAUUAAAGAAGACCACAUAUGGGAUGGUAUUCUGCAGCUUAGUGGCGCUUCAGUUGUCUCAGUCACUGGAUUUUUCAAGAGUGGUGAGAAAGCAAAGACAAGCGAGUGGCCAACACUGGUGGAGGUAAAGGGUAGAGUGAGACUCAGUGCGUUUGGGAAGUUUGUACAAGAGCUUCCGUUGUCUCGAAGCCGUGUCUUAAUGGUAAUGAACGUGGUGUGUAAGGAUGGUAUCUCUCAGAGCCAACGUGACAGCCUUUUUGAGGUUGCUAAGUCGUACGUUGCUGACCAAAGAGUUGGUUACGCAGAGCCAACCUCAGGCGUUGAGCUUUACCUAUGUCCAGCACGUGGAGAAACCUUGGAUUUGCUGAGCAAAAUCAUCUCCAAGGACCAUCUUGAUGAGGUCAAGUGUUCAGACGAUAUCGGGUUGAUAGGCGUUGUUGUGUGGAGGCGUGCAGUUGUCGCGUCUCCUGGCUCACGCCAUAAGCCCGGUUUCAAACGUCAGCAUUCUUCUACAAGCACUAAGAGGUCUGCGUUGGCUCCAGAAAACAAAAAGUCUAGUAGUAGUAGUAGUGUGAAUGUUACGAAUCAUCCUGUUGUAAAGGUUGCAUCCAUUGGGAAUCGUGGUUUGGUUGGUUGUAAUGCUGAUGAGGAAGAAGACGUGCCACCUGGAUUUGGCCCCGUAGGUGUGAAAGACGACGAUGAUUUGCCAGAAUUUAACUUCAGUUCCUCUACUGGACCGGUUGCUUCUUCUCCCCAGCCACCACCUCAGUCUAGGUCUAUGGAUCAAGUAAGGGAGCUCAUUCUCAAGUAUGGGAAUUCAGCAGGUAGUGGUAGUAAACAACCAUGGAAUGGUCCUGAUGAUGACGACGACGACGAUAUUCCUGAAUGGCAACCACAAGUCUCAGGCCACCAAAUUCAAUUACCACCACCACCACCACCACCUGACUUGAGUCCUCAAUUUCAUAGCAGAACCAUGGCCCAACCGCCGGCACAACGGCCUGGUGGAUGGAGGGCCAAUCAAAACGCACCUAGGCAACAACAGUACAGUGCACACAGGAACAGAGGAUUUUGAUCUUUGUGAAUGCGUUUGUGUAAAUUAGUUAGGUGUAAUGACUUAUCUAUCAUCAGUUUCCGUAGUGUUUAAUAGAGUUGUAAUAACCUUUUGAAUAAUGGAGUAUACAAGUUUGAAGAAAAACUUUGAAUUCAACA